AUGACGAAAGAAAGAAAAAUAUCGACAAUCAAAGCAUCUAAAGACGGCAGUGUUUCCAGACGACACCGGACAGGAGGCACAGGCCUGAAUGACUUCUUCAUUGGCGUCUUUGGUCUUUGUUUCCUUCUAAGUGUAUCGUUGAACUUUCUCCAUGACUCUGGGACUAUUCCACAUAUACAUAACACAGUUGUUGAGAGUGCAAUACAAGAGUUCAAACAAGAUAAGAAACGCAAGGUCGGUCCAGGAGAAAAUUCCAAUUCUGAAAUACGUUUGGCAAAGCUGAACUGUGAAAAGUGGGGAGGACCGGAAAUUGCAGCUGCCCAAGAGAUGGUGUACUGGGAAGAUAUUCCAUCGGACGAGACAUUUGUUUCUCCCUUCUGCCAACAAGGGAAGGAAAAUUUCAUGACAUUCGAACCGGAUGGGGGUGGAUGGAACAACAUAAGAAUGGCAAUGGAGAGUACUAUCGGGCUCGCUUAUGCAAUGUGCCGCACCCUUGUGAUGCCACCACAGAAAAGAAUGUAUCUACUUGGGAAGGGUGGAAAAAAUCAGAGAAACCACUUCAAUUUUGUUGACUUCUUUCCGAUUGAAGAAAUGGCAAGGGAACACAAGGGAUUGAACAUAAUUUCCAUGAAGGAAUACCUUGAGACCCGUGCCGUGACAGGCAAGCUACGAAAUGCGAUAACUGGUGAAGUUGAAUUUCCACCAGGGAAUCGGACUGAUUGGGAUGGCAUUGAUGGACAAGAUUACGACGUUCUUCGUGGUUACCUGAGAAAUGUGUCAGAAACAGCGACGUGGAACCCUGGGCAGUGCUUACCAGCCUUCCCUUCUUCAGGGGAUCAUAAAGAUGUGGAAGUGCUACAGAAGCUGGUACAAAGUGCUCGAAGAAAUGUUCCUGGAGGCACACCAGUGAAAGUGGAUGAUCCAAAUCCGUUGGGGCGACUUGAGGAAACUUUAGCUGGACGACAUGAUUUAUGCGUUUACGAUGAAAGAAUGCAAAACUUGCCAGUUCUUCAUUUUCAAUGUAACCACAAAAAGAGACUCAGGAUGCUAGUGCACUUCUAUGCUUUUUUAUUUUUCGAGAAUUGGAAGGAAGAUCUCUGGAUGAAGAGAUUCAUUCGUGACCACGUGCAUUAUGUAGACGAGAUCCAAUGUGCCGCUGCACGAUUGGUGGCAGCCAUUCGCGAGCAUGUUCGGAAAAGGGAUCCGAAUAACACAAAUGGUGACUUUGAUGCUUUCCACAUACGUCGAGGGGAUUUUCAGUUCAAAGCUACCCGCAUUGGGGCCGACGAAAUCUAUGAGAACUCAAAAGAUGAACUGAUUCCCAACUCUACCGUGUUCAUCGCUACAGACGAGCGAGAUAAGAAAUUCUUCGACCCUUUGAGAGCGCACUAUGAUUUGCUCUUCUUGGACGACUUCAAAGACGAGUUGAAAGACGUGAACACUAACUAUUAUGGAAUGAUAGAUCAGCUGGUUGCGAGCAGAGGCCGGAUUUUUUUCGGUUGCUUCUUUAGCACCUUCACUGGAUACAUCAUAAGGAUUAGGGGGUACCAUUCGGUCAAGGACAAGCUUCCUGGGCAUGAGGAUGGCCUUCUAACCAACUCAUUUUAUUACGCUACGAAGGAUAGAAAACUCAUAAUGCAUCAAUAUGCAAUAUUGAGAGGUGGGUUCUUCAAUAGAGAAUAUCCCACAUCAUGGCGUGAUAUCGACAAGGGCAUCGAUACUUUGGAGAACCCACAGCAAGUCACAACAUAUGUCAGAUAG